UCCAUCAGCACUCAAAGCAUCCAUUCUCCAAAGCCUCUCUUAUUUGCUUGCUUCUAUCAGCCCUUAGCUGGAAUCAAAUAGAAACUCACACAAUGGCAUCACAGACCAUCCAGAGCUACCGCAACAGCGCUGAGAUAUACAAUGGAGAUGCUUUCUGCAAGAAGAAAUCCAUCCAACUGCUCGAAGAGAUCGGUCUUCCAAAUGGUUUGUUUCCAUUGGAUGACAUUGAAGAGUUUGGAUAUAACCGCGAGGCAGGGUUUGUCUGGUUGAUUCAAAAGAAAAAGAAGGACCAUACCUUCAAGAAGAUCAAAAGAGCAGUGUCAUAUGCUCCCGAGGUAACUGCCUUUGUCGAGAAUGGUAAGAUGAAGAAGAUGACCGGAGUGAAGACGAAAGAACUCAUGCUUUGGCUCUCUGUAGUUGAGAUGUAUAUCGAGGAUCCUUCUUCCAAGAAGAUCACCUUCAAGACUGGCACUGGUCUUUCAGAUAGCUUCCCUGUGUCCGCAUUCGAGCUUGAAGAGUAGAGUCUAAAUAUUCCAAGUGUUCCAAUAAUGCUAUAAAGCUUGCAUCUUGAAAUUCUGUUAUUCUUGUAUUAUCUUAUCGUAGGUUUGUGUUUCUUGUGGUAUAAUUAUGGAAUGUUGAAUUAUCUAUGUAAUGCAGUAAUUGCUCAAAGAUCUAAACUACAAUUUCUCCACAGAUAUCAAUGUAUGUUGGGAUGCAUUGCUUGAGUAAUAUAUAUACGAUAGAAUUCAUGUAAGUAAAUUUGAUUAAACAAUAACAAAGAUAUCUGUU